AUGUCAAUAAAUGCCGUAGACUCGAAAAAACUGGUUGAAGCUCUUCUUGGAGACCUACGUCUUCUAUCACAAGAAGCCAAAAAGAAGCAAAAUCACGUAAAGGAAUCAGCAGAAACAGGAGUAGUUCGAAUCCGAAAUAUUAGCACAGCUUCAGUUGGCGAUACAGUGCUUAUCACAAAUCUCCGAGCUGCAUGUACAGAAUUAUUACAUCCGUUAGUUCUAGCAUGUGAAACAAGACAUACAAGACUGGUUCAAAUUGCAUUACAAGGAAUCCAGAGACUCGUACAACAUAGGAUUCUGAGCGGGAAUGGCGCUACAAUUGUGACAAAUGAACUGUGGGCUCUUGUGGAAGCAGAAUGCGAGGAACUUCGUGUGCUUCAAACUGUCCCUCCACUAGUUUCAUCGGAAUUGAUCGUCACUGGAAAUACACUAGCGAAAUGUGUCGUUAUGUGCUUCCGUCUCCACUUCGCUAAAGAUCCCAUAGUCAUAAACGCCGCUUCUGCUGCUGUCCGACAACUAGUUUCUACUGUCUUCGAGCGAGUCAUUCAAGAAGAUGGAAUAUUCUCUUCAGAACUCACUGUUGUGAAUCCAUCCGGAGGUCGUCCAAGUCCAAGAGCUGCACCUCCAACGCUGAGGCCUUGUGCUGCAGACGCAUACAUGCUUUUCAAAGAUUUAUGUCUGCUGAUAAACGGAGAAGCACCAACUUGGCUAGUUGGAAUACAAGAGAUGACAAGAACAUUAGGACUAGAACUUCUGGAGUCGUUGCUGAAAGGAUAUCCUUCAGUGUUCAUCAGACACACAGAAUUCGGUGACUUAUUGAAAGACGACGUAUGUCCAUUGAUAAUCAGAUUGUUUUCGCCGAAUGUUAAGGCGAUGCACAUUAAUUCCCAACAUCCUUCUUCUCGAAUCAGCAACGCGUCUAUGAGCAAUUAUCCUCCUACAGUAUCUCAUGAUCGACAGUCUUUUCCGAUUUCAAUGCGUCUAGUUCGAAUCGUUACUCUUCUCGUCCAGUUCUAUCAAAACAUAUUGCACACAGAGUGCGAAAUUUUUAUAUCAACUCUGCUGAAAUUCGUGGAUGGAGAUAGAAAAGGAUGGCAAAGACCACUUGCACUAGAAUCGUUGCAUCGUAUAAUUUCCAGUACGGAUCUUGUGAAAUGGAUGACAGAAUCGUUCGAUUGCCGGCCCAAUUCAACUCAUGUUCUUGAACAAGUCGCAGUGGAGCUUUCUGUAGUUGUACAGCAAUGCUUAGUCUGUACUACAUUUUCAAGUGAUCAGGAUAAUGAACUAGAUCGUAGUCAGGAAGAUGGAGGACCAGGCUUCCUUGUCAAAGGGUUAUGGGUUCCCUAUGUUGAGCAUUUGACUUCGAAGAAGACCAUACUGUUAGACUCUUUGGAUAGAAUGGAUGCAGUUGCGAUCUCAGAAGGAUAUGUUCUCUCCCGUUGUUGCGUGGCUCUCUGUGAUUUGACCCAGGCUGUUUAUGCCGUCAUAGAUAGAUUAUGUGUUCUUGAUGAGAACUGCGAAGCUGGAAGUUCAGAAGAAAACCUAAGAAUUGCAAAAGUGGCAUAUGCAAAUACCCAACCAAGCAUCCUUGCUGCAAUUGGAAGCCUUCUUGCUGCAAGUACCGAUGAGAUUGUUAGCGAUCAAUUACUUUGUUGCUUAUCUACGCUCAUUUCUGCUGGUUGUCGUGUUGGAGCAGACCAAGAUCUUCACAGAAGUGUCUAUGUACUUGCAAUUAUGAGUCUUCCAUCUCCAUCCUACUUGAAUCAAUUCGCUGGAAUCCCACCCCCAAGUCCCGUCAGUAAACGAGAAGUUUCAAUCUCAGAACAAGUUUUCGAUUUGGAGUCGUGGCCAUCGACUGCACAAGUAACUGCCACCGGACCUCCAUGUCCUUGCCCUGUUGUUUCGACGGACUUAUGGAAUAAACAAGUGUUGCUCACUUCCAAAAAUCUACAAGCAGCUCGAACUUUUAUUGCAUCGAUCACCACCCACAUUAAAGAACUCAAUGGAUUAUGGUACCUUUGUAUGGCGACUUGUGAGCACCUCUCAUGGCUUCUUGCCAUGCGUCCAACUCAAAUCGGACAGUUUGAACGGGAAACCAGGGAUGACCAUUCAAAUGGACCGACGGUUGUCACGAAUGCAGCACUUGGAGACAUAGGAAUGCUCUCUUCUUUGAUGGAUAAAGUUGCUCCAGCAAUUGCCGCUCUUCCAAACGAAGAAUUCCUAUUAGUAGUGGAUGCUUUGAUUCGGCUCUCCGAUGAAAGUCUGGCAGUUGCAGCUACUGGAAGAGAUAGUUCACUGUUUCCGCUGGCUGUUCUUUACAGAGUUUGCUCCUUAUCACUUUCUGGAAUCAACGUAUUCUGGGCAAAAGUCGCAAAUCAUUUCAUCAAAGUAUGCAAUCAUACCUCUGUGUCAAUGAGAGAUUGGGCAGCAGUUGCACUGACUUCGUUGGCUAAACAUGCUAUAAAAUCGAAGACUUCGAUGGAUCCAAAAAGCCAACAAGAAAUGGUUAUUGCUUCUCUUCUAGCCCUGUGCUCUAUUCCACACAUUCAAGUUCGAAGGAGACAGUUGGACUGCGUUAUGUCAUUGAUGCAGACAGAUGGAUCCUCUUUACUCUCAACAUCGUGGCCAAACGUCAUACAAAUAAUCUCAUCAAUCAUUGACAAUGAUACAGGAUGUGAACUAUCUCUGGUGCGACAAGGAUAUCUUGGGCUUCGGUUAGUAUCAUCCGAUUUCUUGCAAUCAAUUCCUUUUGACUGCAUUUCUGGACUUGUCGAAGCAAUUUCCCGUUACUCUAAACAAAACACAGAUCAGAAUAUUUCUUUGUCCGCAUUGACUUUACUGUGGACAAUUUCCGAUUUCAUCUAUCGAAAAAUGGAGUCAGUUGGAAAUGAUGCAUCUGAAGCAGUAUGGAUGGUCCUGUAUACUUGUCUGUCGGAAUCUUGCGUGGACACAAGAUUUGCUGUUCGGAAGUCAGCAUGCCAAACCCUUCUUCAAACGGUUACAGCUCAUGGACAUGCUCUCCGAGCACCUGCAUGGCACCACGUGAUUUGGCAAAUAAUUAUUCCACUAUUGGAUAAAGUGAGAUCACAAACACGAUGUGCAUCAACAGAAAAGUCGAAUGGAGAACUCAUUAUGCAUCAUUCAAGAGAUACAGAACAGAAACAAUGGACCGAGACAUGUAUUCAUACACUUUCUGCCAUAUCCAAAAUAUUCAAUUCUCAACGUAAAUCCUUAUUGGCACUUAAUGAUUUCGGUGCCGUUUGGGAAGCGUUUCUUGGAUAUCUGGACUGGGCAGCAUGCUAUGAAAAUGCCGAAUUGUCACUGUCUGCUAUAAGAAGCUAUCAAGAAGUACUUCUUGGAAAAAUAUCGUCUCAAACUUUGAAUGUAAACAGUCAUGAAAAGAGCAACGGUUCGGAAUCAACACUUGACACCGUUGCUCCUGAGCUACCCCAAGCACAAUGGGUCGAGUCUUGGAAAGUUUGGUUAAGAAUUUCAAGAGGUCUGGCAAGACAGGGAUGUGCUGCUGUGGCGAAUUCUGUGAAUGCUGAUACAAAAUCAACAUCGUCUACUCCUCGAAUGAACUCCUCCACAUCUUCUUUGACGUCUCUUGCGCCUGGUGUUUAUGUCCCUGGACCUUCUCACUUGACAGCCAUUCUUCACAUUUUCCCACCAUUAUUUGACAAAGUGGCCAAAUGUAUUACUGUAGAUGACCUGAAGUACGAAAGUCUCCCAGCUGUGUUGGAAAGUAUGAUGAACGUUCCAAUUCCAUCCGAACAAGCACCAUUCGUUCUUCCAUCUUCAACCACACAUUUAACGCCUACACAAGAAGCUCUUCUCGAAGCUGUUAAAAUUGUAUAUGUAGAAUGCACUAUCUCGGGAACAACGUUACGAACAGCGAUUCCCGACCAAAUCAGACUUUUACUGAAGUUUGCAAGUAUGGCUACUCAGAGGAUUUCCCCCAAUAAAGUAGCACCUGGAGGACAAAAAAGCUAUAGAGAUUACGCCCUCACCGCGAUCGUUCCGUUUUCGGAAUACUCACUUCGGAUCGCUAUUGAAUUCUUCACUUCGACUUCUCAAUAUCCAGAUGUAUCUAACUCGUUGAUUGCUAUAAACAUCAUAAAAUUCCUUGGAGAGCCUCUCUACAUGAAGUACACUUGUAUAUCAGCAAGCACAUGGAAACUAGCUGCUAGUUCAUUGAUGUCAGUUUUGAGAACAUCUAUUCCAUAUGCACGUCAGAAUCCUGAAGUGUUCCGAAGUUUGUGGUCUACUAUUUGUGAUACGAUGGAACGUUGGUUGUUUACUCCAAAUAAGUCAAGUCGCUUAGCUGCGGACGAAAGAAAACGAGACGAACUGAUGGAAUGUCAGGCGAUUGAAAUAAUCAGAAAUGAGAUGCUUGCCUAUGCGUCUCGUCUGCCUCAAGAAGAUGUUCAACGAUUGAUUUCCCUUCUCCAUCGAGGAUCCAUUUCUCAAAUAGAUUCUACAGAUGUGCUCGACUCCCAUACCCAACGUAAUGAGCUGGCAAAAGCAUGUUUCGAUGCUCUUCUGAUGUCGACCGAUGGUGCACAGGCUGGCGCUGAGGAGGACGACCACAGAGGGAUUUUGGGAAAUGUCGCGGUCACAAGUCUCCUCCAAAGAUGCACACAGGUCAUGGCGGAUUUCUGUAAGGAUUGGUCAGCUGCUGGAGAUCUUCGCCUACCAAGAUCCCGGAUCCUAGAAAUCAUAUCAGCACUUCAAGCAAUUGAUUCUCUGAUUGCUCGACUUGCAAGAGAUCCCAGAAUGACGGAACUCUACUCUCAACUUGUUUCUCUAUUUCCAUCCGUCGUAGAUGUCAUGCCAUGCUGUCAUGCUGAUGGUCAACUCGAACAGCAGCUCAUCAAAACGAUAAAAUCUUAUCAAACACUUUUCCUUCUCCAAAACAUACCGCAAUCCACAGUGUAA